AUGGACAGUUUGGUUCCUCUUGUGAAGGUUCUGGGUAACUCCGUUGCAAGAGUGCGAGUUGGUAAUACGGAUGGAGACGAGGACGACGAUCGCGACGAUGAUCGCGAUGAGGUAUUCGUUUAUAUUCGCAGACGACAGGUUUCUUCCGACCAAUGGGCCAGAUUGUGCUCCUAUGCGCACCGUAUACACGCCAUUUCCCUGCAUGACUAUCAAAAGACGGUUGAUCCCUCGUUACUGGCACACUUGGUUUUCCUCGCGGGAGGGCAGCCAUUGUUUCCAACGUUGUCCAUGCUACGAUUCAGGCAGUUAAAUGCUGCAUUCGGCCGCGAGAUCAUGGCCUUCCUGUCGACCAGUCUUAAACACGUAGAAAUAUCGGUUGGAUCGCUUUCGACGGCACGGCCUAAAGUCAGAGAAUCAAACGCCGUUCGCCGAUUCCUGUGGGGACUACACUCUACAGCCACCGAUCUCAAACAUUUCUCUUUCAGCACCGUCGUGAAACCUCCGUUUAUAGAUAACGCCACGAGCUUCCCCAAAGUGGAGUAUUUAGACCUCCUCGGCUGUCACUCGUCUACGCAGAUGAUCUCGUCCUGCGCGAACCUAGAACAGCUCACAGAACUCUGGGUAUGUCUCCGCGAGAGCGACAAUUACGGUGUACCCUCUUGCGUCGGAUUUCCUGUCCUGGAAGAUCUGGUAUUUUCAGGUCUACCGGCACAGAUCCCAGUGUUCCUCAAUCUUAUAUCAUCGCCUAGCUUGGGAGCAUUCAAGUACAAGGAUAGGAUCUUGGACCGUCGCGUGUUGGGGAUGCCUGACUAUCUCGACGCAUUCGACUUGAUAGGGUCGAAGUUUGCGACAACCUUGACGUGUCUCGUCAUGGACUUCCCAGAAUUUGUCGACAACAGCCCGGUUCGGCUGAUGAAUCACAUCCACCCUCUGCUGAACAUACGGCAGCUGGAGAUCCUCGAGCUCGCUCUGAUAGUUCGGGUGGAACUGACGAGCGAUGAUCUGCAUGCGAUGGCGACCUCCUGGACGAAGCUCACGCACAUCUGCAUCGCGGCGUAUCCGUUCGUCGAGAGUUUGCCGUCCGUGUGUGCACUAGCGAGCUUCGGCCGCCACUGCCCAGGCUUGGUUCACAUGCAGCUGCCUGGUGUAGAGACGCGUACCCCGCCCUCUCUAGAUCUCCAGCUUCCCAACUCUCACGGUUUGAACCGUCUGUGCUUUGCAGGCCCUAACUACGGAGUCGAAAACUUUGAUGUCCCUGUUUCGAAUCCCCUUCCGGUGGCGCAAUUCCUCCACGGACUGUUCCCGAAGCUAUCCUAUUUGUCGCUGGACUCGCUAGGGCAUCGUUGGGGAGAGGUCGAGCUCAUUUAUAUGUCUCUCAAGAACGGCAUUCCGCUGAGACAGUUAGAUUGA